AAAGGCUCGAGGGGCUCGAGCAACCGAAAAACAUCGCAAGCGAAUCGAGAAUCAAACGCACGUCGUCCUUUUGUGUCUCCACGUCUCAAGCAUUUCCCAGGUUUUUUUUUAUUGUCAAUUUUUUGGGAAACGUUGAAAAAUGGGCGAUCAUCUCCCAUUUCUCGCGGAAUAUGCGAAAAGUGGAAGGGCUUCCUGCAAAGCGUGCAAAACAUCCAUUCCCAAGGAGGCGUUGAGAAUCGCCAAAGUCGUGCAGAGUGCCUUCCACGACGGUGUCCAGCCGAACUGGUACCACGAGCGUUGUUUUUGGUCAAAAGCAAAGGUAAAAACCGCCGGAGACAUCGCGAACCUCGAGAACCUCCGCUGGGAGGACCAAGAGAAGAUUCGCAGUCGCAUCGACUCCGCAGACACCCCAGAUGCCUCAUCAAGCGGCUCCAGCAAGUCCCGCAAGCGCCCCAGCUCAAAGGCAAAUUCCGACUUCUCCGUGGAAUACGCCAAGUCCAAUCGUUCCAUCUGCAUCGGCUGUGAGGCUCCGAUCCUCAAAGGUGAGGUCCGCAUCUCCAAGAUGGACUUCGAGAGCGAGACGGGUCAGAGGCUGGAUGGAGUGGCCCGCUGGCACCACGUGGACUGCUUCGUCAACCUCCGCUCGGCCCUAGAGUUCUACAACUCUGGAGACGCCCUCCCAGGCUUCAAGGCCCUCAGCAAGGACGACCAGAAGAGUCUCAAGUCCAAAAUUCCGAAGAUGAAAGCUGCCGACAUUCCCCCACCCCCGAAGAAGAUGAAGGCCGAGCCAGUGGACGCCGAAGAGACUGCACAAAUGAAGAAGCAGAACGAAGCGCUCUUUAAACUUCGUGAGAAGCUGCAAACUCUGACGAAAAAUGAACAGGUGGAACUGAUGGAGCACAACCACCAGCACGUCUCCCACGACAACGCGCAAUUACUGAACGCCCUGGCCGACCAGAUGACCUUCGGUGCCCUUAAGCACUGCAAAAAGUGUUCAGGCGGCCUGCAAUUCGUCUCCGGAGUAGGCUACAAGUGCAUGGGUGACCUGACCGAGUGGACAAAAUGCGAGGAAGUGACGCAGGACCCCGAGCGAACUAAAUUCAAGAUACCAAAGCACCUAAAAGAGGACAUCCCCUUCCUGGCCGACUUCAAGUCGAGGGUUGAGCGUCGUAUCCUGCGGAUAACAGCCCCAUCGACGUCCCGAGUUGUCAAGAAAGAGGAGGAGUCAUCAGGGCCAGCGGUGAAUCGUGGCCCGAUGCCCCUGCGAGGAAUGCAGAUCUUCAUUGCUGGCAAGACCAGCAAAGACAAAGAGGAACUCAGGAAGGACAUUAUGAGGCUGGGGGGACUGGUGGUGUCCAGAGUCCACGAGAACCUGGCAGUUGUCAUUGCUGACGAGAAAACCCUCAAGAAAGGGGGCAAAACAUUCGACAAUGCCCAGGUCUACGACAUCCAAGUUGUCCCCGAGGACUUUGUCGACGAGGCAAAGGACUUCAAGGACACCCCAGUCUCCCUCAUAACUAAGAAGAACAUUGCCCCUUGGGGAGGCGAUCCAACCACGAGAAUCGCCGUCACCAUGCAGAAAUCGUCGUCUAAGGGGAAGAGUAUGUACGAGAAGAGGUCCUCAGGAAAAGUUAAGCUCAAGGUCAAGGGAGGUGGGGCUGUCGAUCCUGCCAGUGGACUCGAGGACAUCGCUGGGAUCUACCAGGCUGGGAAGGACAAGUACACGGUAACGCUGGGCUUGACUGACAUUCAAUCAGGGAAAAAUAGCUACUACAAACUGCAGAUACUUAAGCACGACAAGAAGGAGAGGUACUGGCUGUUCAGGAGCUGGGGGAGGAUUGGCACGACCAUCGGUGGUGACAAGUGUGAGGAGCUGUCCCUGGAGGACGCCGUGCAGAGGUUCAAGGAGCUGUACCUGGAGAAAACUAAGAAUGAGUGGGCGGCACGUGACUUUUUUGUUAAAUACCCUGGGAAAAUGUACCCGAUUGACGUUGAUGAGUGCGACGAGUCGUCGAAUGUCGAGAGCCUCGAGUCGGAAAUCAAGAGUAGUCUCAAGAAACCGGUGCAAGACCUGGUGAAGCUCAUUUUCGAUGUCAAUUUAAUGAAGAAAGUUAUGAAGGAGUAUGAAUUGGACACUGAUAAGAUGCCACUUGGUAAACUUUCGAAGAAGCAGCUCCAGAAGGCUUAUGGGGUGCUGAAGGAGGUGCAGGAGCUGCUGGCUAAGGGCCAUCCUGACAGGGUUCUGCUGAUCGACGCCUCCAACAGAUUCUACACACUCGUGCCACAUUCGUUUGGUGUCGGUGAGCCAACGGUUUUGGAUAAUGAGAUAUUGAUUCAGUCCAAGUGUCAGAUGCUUGAUUCCCUCAUUGAGAUGGAGAUUGCGUACAAGUUGCUCAAUGUCAAGUCUGAGAGUGGCAAGAGCCCACUUGAUGCGCAUUACGAACAGCUGAAUACUGACAUUGAUGUGCUGGAUAAAGAGAGCAAGGAGUUCAUGGUCAUUCAGGAGUACGUGAAGAAUACACAUGCUGCCACACAUACCAUGUACGAUCUGGAGAUUGAGGAUGUGUUUGUGGUGAAGAGACAGGGGGAGGAGAAGAAGUUCAAGCCAUUCAGGAAAUUACCGAACAGGAAGCUACUCUGGCACGGAUCGAGGACAACGAAUUACGCUGGUAUUCUCUCCCAGGGGCUGAGAAUUGCACCUCCAGAGGCACCAGUCACUGGGUACAUGUUUGGUAAGGGUAUUUACUUUGCUGAUAUGGUGUCCAAGUCGGCGAAUUACUGCUGCACGAAUAGUCAGAGCCCCACUGGGCUUCUGCUGCUGUGUGAGGUGGCACUGGGAAAUAUGUAUGAGAGAUUGCAAGCUGAUUAUAUCGAGAAAUUGCCCAAGGGCAUGCACUCGACUUUCGGCAGGGGACAGACUCAGCCGGAUCCGACCAAGGUGCAUGUCACUGAGGAUGGGGUGGAGGUGCCUUAUGGACCUGGGGUACCUGCUAAGCUCAAUGGACAGAGCUCUCUACUCUAUAAUGAGUAUAUUGUUUAUGACGUUGGGCAGGUCAAGGCUAAAUACCUCGUUCGUAUGAACUUCAAGUACAAAAUGUAAUUCUGUUUUUUUUUGUUAGCAUUGAAGUUUGGGUGGAGGGAGUUUUUUUUAGAUAUUAAAGGGCAAGAUCUUUUUUUGUACGAAGCAAAUUCUAAGUGUCAAGUACCCAAACUUCACUUUUUCAUUUUUUUUACUUUUUCAUUCAUUCCAUUGAAUUUUUGUAUCUGUUUGUGUUUUGGUCAUAAAUUAUUUUUGUAGUUGAGUGGCGUCGAUAUUAUAUACCAAUCAAAUAUUAGAAGUACAUGUAUCAAUGAUGAAACUGUUGAAGGGUGAUUUAUAAUGGAUCAAGAUCAAUAAACACAAUAUUUCCU